AGGGGCACCCCGGAGAUUUAGUUUCGGCUGCGCUAGCCGGUGGCCGUUUCUACCCGUUUCUGAUGACGUCAUAACGUGUAGGUUAUUUGGCCACUCGGUAUUGCAGCUGGUUCUUCGCAUGGUGGUCGGUACAAAGGUGUACGACAAGCUUCGAGAGGAAUGGCUGAGGACCAGACUGAUGAACGACAUUGGGAUGAUGUCCCCACAUGCCCAAACCAGCAAGGUUGAAUCAUUCCACAACAUCCUCCUUCACUUUUGCCCCAAGUUGCUUGUAUACUCAUAUCAAGGGAUGAAGUGCAGAUUAUAUUUGGCUGUCCUACAUUGGAACGAAAAUUGUGAUAGAGCCCAGGCUGUUGAUGCCGAAGGGAACCCAGUGUACAGGUUGAAGUAUCCACGCUCGAAGGAAGGAGGCCACACAGUGGAGAGAGUGCUGACAGCUGGCACAUGUGGUUAUGUGAAAGCCCUGAUGAGAGUUGUCGUAGAACUGGUGGAAAACAGGGAGCAGCUCAGAGACAACAUGGAGGAGCUACAGCCUCAACCAGCACGGAGUGCCUCUCAUCAUCACCCCGACAAUGGAGAAGCCGUGCAAGCUUUUGAACAACAUCAUCGCUUUGGCGAUAGAAACUAGUUCUUUUGGUGAUAGAAACUAUGAUGAAUGUGUCAGCUACCUGAACAUUAACCACUGAUUGUUUUAUUUCAGUACAAGACAUGUUUUUCAUAGACCCUAAAUUAUGUUUAUGCCAGUAUAAUUAUGGAGAGUAACAUGGAAGUACUCUAUGCAAGUGAGUAGUGGAUUCCGAUUCUAUGUGAGUGUAAAGCACUAGAAACUUGUCUGUAAGCUUGUACAUACUUACACAAGCCAAAGUCCAUGGUACACAUCAAUAGUCAUUGGUUUUAAUAGGUAAAAUACUUAUUAAAUUUGUAAAACUUACAUUUUUAGUUCAAUUAAAAACAAUUUCUGAAGCAUAUGCACUAGAUUUUCAUAAACACUAAGUAAAUCACUGUUGAUCAUGAAUUUGGCACCAAAUAUAAUCUGAUUUUUCUCACAGUCCUUCAUCUUGGCCAAUGCUUUUUGCUUCUUAUUUGCAAAAAAUAAAAAAUUAAAAAAUGCA